AUCGUUGAAUCUGAAUCAAGCUAACAAAAACAAUGCACAAAUUGCAGCGUCAACUGCUAAAUGUGAGCCCCCUUUUUCCUUAUAACCGCGAAGGAAUAUUUGACCGCAGGUCCCUCUUUUGCGAACGACUCGUCACGGACUGGACCCUCAACGAAUUGACCGCUCAAUGCACCUACUGUGGCGCAUAUCCUGCAGCGUGCUGCUACUACCAGACUUUCAAAGAGAAUUUAUUUCCCUGCGAUCCGGGCGCGGAAAAGACUAGUCAACGUACGGAGCUGUCGGCUGCCCUUCAAGGACUAGAGAAGAUACGUAUGCAGCGAUUUGAGACAGACGGGGAGAAAUACCAGGGUGACAAGAGGCAUGAACUCCAGACAUUCAAGACCCAUAACACGAGAAAAAACUCUGGGUCCUGUGACUCGUCCUCAAUGGAUCAUCGUAUCCGACUUUGUGCUGGAAAUGACAAAGUGGUUGCCCAAGUGUAG